GUGGGUGCUUUUGUCCUGGAGCUCGAUUCAAAGACUCAGCUAAAGCUAAAAACCCUUGCUCGGAAAUCAAAAUUGAAAGAGAAAAAGAAAGAAAGAAGGCAUGGGGGAGAACAACAGCGGCACGGAGGUUCCGGCGAACCAGACGAUCUACAUCAACAACCUGAACGAGAAAAUCAAGCUGGACGAAUUGAAGAAGACGCUGCACGCCAUGUUCUCGCAGUUCGGCAAGGUUCUGGAUGUGCUGGCCUUCAAGACGCUCAAGCACAAAGGCCAAGCUUGGGUCGUCUUCGAGGACGUCUCUUCUGCCACCAAUGCCAUUCGCCAAAUGCAGAGCUUCCCUUUCUAUGACAAGCCCAUGAAAAUACAAUAUGCCAAGACGAAAUCAGAUAUAAUAGCAAAGGCCGAUGGUACGUUUGUUCCACGUGAAAGACGAAAAAGGCAUGAGGAGAAGGGGAAAAAACGGAAAGAGCAGCAGGAUGCUAACCAAGCUGGAAUGGGUCUCAAUCCUGCUUAUCCUGGUGCCUAUGGUGGAGCACCUCCGCUCUCCCAAAUACCAUAUCCUGGUGGUGUGAAAUCUAUGGUGCCUGAGGCCCCUGCUCCACCAAAUAAUAUUCUUUUUGUUCAGAAUCUUCCUCACGAGGCAACUUCCGUGAUGCUGCAAAUGCUCUUCUGUCAAUACCCUGGUUUUAAGGAGGUUAGAAUGGUGGAAGCUAAGCCAGGUAUUGCUUUUGUGGAAUACGAAAAUGAGAUGCAAUCAUCAAUGGCAAUGCAGAACCUCCAAGCUUUUAAGGUGACACCGCAGAAUUCAAUGUUGAUUACCUACGCAAAGAAGUAGACAGUAGGAUUUAGGUCUUUGCUACUCACUUGGAGGAAAGCUGCAGUCAUGGAUCCUCUUGUUAAAUCGGUUUAGAUAUGAUGCUUCAAUGUAUUAAUAUUGUUGGGAUAUAUUACGAAAGGGAUAUGAUUUUUAGGGUGGCCCUUUGAACAUUUCAAGUUUCACUGAAUUACCUUUAAGUUGGAUAUUGUUCUGUGUAAUUGUAACUGGUAGAUUGUAUCUGAAAGCAGGCUUGAUCGUUCCUUCCUGAUAA